AAGACCAAUACACAAGGACAACAAUAUUAUAGAAAAGAUGGCUAGAACCAUGAACAUGAACAAUGUGAUGGUCCUUGCUAUAGCAAUCAUAGCAAUAUCCGUAGUGCUACCUACAACAGAAGCUGCAUUGUAUACCGUCGGCGACGAGUUGGGUUGGGCUAUUCCUCCCGAAGCUGGCUAUUAUGCUGCCUGGGCUUCCAAGCAUAGCUUCUUCGUUAACGAUAUUCUAGUAUUUAACUUCACUGAAGGAGAAGAAGACUUGGCUAUGGUAACCAAGGAAGAUUUUGAUGCGUGUAACACCUCGAAUCCCUUGUUUUAUUUCGAUGAACCACCAACGCUUAAAUUUCUCGCAAGUGACACGUUUUAUUUCACGAGCACCUUUGACGGGCACUGCCCCAGAGGGCAAAAGGUAGCUAUUUACAUCGCUCCGUCUUCAGCCACUCCCCCAUGCCCAAGUCCAACUGCUGCUGUUCAGGCUCAUGCGACAAUCCCCAUCAAAUUUGUGUCUAUGAAGGUCAAGCAAGGCAAAAGAUCAUGAUUUCAAUAACCAUCCAUGAGGUCUUGAAGAGUCAUUAACUGUGUACUUGGCUCGUAUCGGCUACGAUCGAGAACCCCUAAUAAAGUUAUGAUUAUGUUUAUGUACCCACUCUUUGAUAAUUUUUCACAUGGAUAAUAAAUUUUAGUUUAUGCAACGUAGCCACUACUAAUAUUUGGCUCAAAGAA